AUGUACAAUAUCAGCCCAACAGCUCCAAAGAAUUUCCAUGGCGCUGAACAGCAACCCAAAGAGCUUCUUUUAAAUCCCCACAAGGCUACACGCAAAAUAAUCCAACUCCCUCUUGCAUUUGCGUAG